AGAGGAAUUCAUUGCUGCCAAAAUGGCCAAGAUGCCGCAGAUGAUCGCCGACUGGCUCCGGGAGAAGGAGAAGCGCAAGGCCAAGGAGCAGGAAGAGAAGGAGAGGCGGCAGCGGCUGCUGGCUGAGGCCCGCGAGCGCCUGGGCUACAACGUGGACCACCGCAGCACCGAGUUCCAGGAGAUGGUGCAGGAGAUGGAGAAGGCCAGGCGGCAGGAGCUGAAGCUGCAGAAGAAGCAGCGCAGAGAGCAGGCAGUGGCCAAAAAGGCGGAGGAAAUGGCAGCCGCCGCGGCCGCUGCUGCCGCUGCUGGUUCUCAGCCAGCAAAAGAGGGGGAGGCGGAAGAAGCAACAUCGCCCGUCCAGGUCACAUAACAGGCUGACGGCAGAGGCCCUUCUAAACGGAAAGGCACCCUCUGGCGGCAGGUGGUGGCCUGCGGGGCCCCCGCAAACCCAGCGCAUCCCCUUCAACUUCCUGGACAACGCUUCAGGUCUCCCGUUUCCAGAGUCCAGUGUGAGUGUCGAUCUCACGGGGGGGUCUGGAAGGCUGCCGUUGCCGGUGUCCUCUUGCUCCUCUCCGUACAAGCAGGGCACCGGCAUGGGUGUGGGAUGGCAGACUCCUUUCCCUGCUCCACGGCCUCUGUUUCUUGCCAGCUGGGUCCUAGGAGUGGUGUUCCCAGGCCGGCUGCAGCCUCUCCCGGGGCAGUCAUGCUUGCUCUGGCGGUACUGACCAGUUUGGUGGUCUGUGAAGAUAGUCAGAUGGGCACCUCUUGAGGUUUCCCUUGGCUUUCUGGACUUCUUUAAAAACACACACACAGACGCACCACUACUGCGGUCUUGAUGUUGUUUGUGAAGUGCUAAAAAACGGGGGCUCAUGCAAAAUACACCGCGAGAUAGGCCCCGCUCGAUGGACUGGCCAUCUGAAUAAAGCCGGAGGAGGAGCUCUGAACCUGCAAAAAAAA